AUGGGUUCUCAUCAUAGUACUGCCAACAGCAAUAAUAGUAAUAACUGUAAUAAUAAUAGUAAUAAUAAUAAUAAUAUUAUUAUUAAUAGUAAAAGUAAUAUUAAUAGUAAUAAUAGUCCAAUCGGACAAAAAAAUAGUCUUAGUAAAUAUGCAACUUUAAUCAAACAAAAUUCUUUGGAUCGUUUGGAAAACCAAAUACGUGGAAAAAACAAAGAUACAUCAGAUGAAGAGAAAAAACCAAGACUUAAAAUAUUAACUUUAGGUUCAAAUAAUAGUGGAAAGUCAACAUUUAUUAAACAAAUUAAUAUACUUUAUAAUGGAGGAUAUACAAAGGAUGAAUUGUCACUUUACAAACCAUACAUGAGAUUAAAUCUAACACAAAUUGCAAAAGAUAUGAUCACAUUUACACAAACCCGUGAAAAGGAAAUCUAUACCUCUACUAUUGCCAGAAAUGCCUGGAAGAAAAUGAGUGGACUCUGUGCCGACAAUAUUAAAAUAUCAAAGGAAUUACUUAAAACUAUUUGGGAUCUUUGGAAUGACAACCAAUUUAAAUUGGAAUUUACAAAUGCUACUGUUCAAAAACGUGAAGAUAUGGUUUAUUUAAUUGAAAAUUCAAAAAGAAUAUUAAUGGAUGAUUAUAUCCCUACGGUUGAAGAUAUAUUACGUUGUAAAGCACAAACUAGUGGAACGUAUGACACGACCAUUGAAGAUAAUAAUUGUGUCUAUACAUUUGUUGAUGUGGGUGGUCAGAAAUGUGAAAGAAAGAAAUGGAUCCAUCAAUUUGAAGAUGUUGGUGUCAUAUUGUUUUUCGUAUCAAUGAAUGAUUAUGAUUAUGAAUAUGAUGAUCUUUCAACAUCAACAUCACCAUCUUCUCCAUUACCAACUUCUUCCUCAUCAUCAUGUUCUUCAACGACAUCACCUAGAAAUAGUGUAAAUUAUACGUACAGUGAGAGUAGUAUGGAUAGCGAUAUCGAAGAAUUGGAUAUUCUUGGGGACUUGGAAACAAAGAGUACUUCAUCUUCAAGAAGUAGUAAUAGUGAUUUAAAUUCUGAAGAAAUAUCAAUCAUUGAUAAUAAUAAUAAUAAUCAUACAAAUUUGGAUGAAUGUGGUCAACUAAAACAUUCCAACUCUAACAACAACAAACAAAAAAGAGAUAGUUGUCAACAACAAAGAGAACAAAGACAUUCACGUCACUCAUCACCAAGAAAACAAACAUCAUCAUCAUCUCCACGUCAAUCAACCAAUAGAUUACAAGAGACAUUUGAUUUGUUUGAAGAGACUAUUAAUAAUCGAUGGUUUUACAAUACUCCAGUGGUACUACUACUAAACAAAUGCGAUUUGUUUGUUGACAAGUUAAAGACGGUACCAUUGGCCAAAUACUUUCCAGACUAUACUGGAAAGAGCGGAGAGAGCGUCGAUGCAACAGCCUUUAUUUCACAACAGUUCCGUAAACGUGACCACUACUCCAACAACAAAAGACUAUUUAUUCACUCGUUCAACGCUACUGAAAGUAACCAAAUCGGUGACUUUAUCGAUUAUGUCAAAAGAAUGAUGUUGAUUUGUAAUUCAAAUUAUAAUUAA